AUGUCGUCUAUAUCAGCUGAGAAGGAUACAACAACUGUAUCAGAAGACACUAAUACAGGUGUCACAAACAUACCAAAUCAAAAUGAACUCUCAUCGAAUAAAGAAGAAAUCAAAAGGCCUAAAAGAGUCACAGAUGAUGAUUUAUACAGACGAUCCUCACAAUAUAGACUUUGGUCCUUCACAACAGACUCAUUAAGGGAAAAACGAUUUUUAGUAAAUGAAAACGCAACUUUGAAAGUGAAAGACUCUUUGAAUAAAUUUAUUGAAGAUAAACAAAAUUCUUUAUCCGAUAUAGAGAUCCAAACAAUAAAGUCAAAGGCAGUUCCUGUUACCCCGGAUGAAGAACUUAAAUUGGUUAGCUUUUAUGCAAAGAAAGUUCAAAUGAUUGCACAACAUUUGAAUUUACCUACAGAGGUCGUGGCUACCUCAAUCAUCUUCUUCAAAAGAUUUUUUCUAGAGAAUUCUGUCACAGAAUUCGAUCCAAAGGAUCUAGUUCAUACUACAAUAUUUUUGGCAUGUAAAUCAGAAAAUUAUUUUAUUAGUGUCGACUCCUUUGCCAAAAAAGCUAAAUCAAAGAGAGAUGAAAUUUUGAAAUAUGAAUUCAAAUUACUGGAAAGUCUGAAAUUUACUUUAUUGAAUCACCAUCCUUACAAACCGUUGCAUGGCUUCUAUUUAGAUAUUCAAAAUGUCCUACACGGUAAAGUGGAUCUUAACUAUAUGGGCAAAAUCUAUGAUAAAUGCAAAAAAAAAAUUACUGAUGCAUUAUUGACAGAUGUUGUAUAUCAUUUCACUCCACCACAGAUAAAUUUAGCUGUAUUUUUAAACGAGGAUGAACAAUUAAUCAGAAGAUACCUUGAAUUGAAAUUUAGUUCCACUGAAACAAAUCAAUUCACAGAUUCUACUACCACUGCUACUACCAACAACAACAACAACAAUAAUAAUAAUGCUAAUAUUACUGAAAAUGAUGAUAAGAAAAAUGGCAAUAAAGAUGAAGAAAAUAAAAUUAAUCUUGAAAGUUUAUUGAAUAUAAUAUUGGACUGUAAAAAAAUGAUAGCUUCAUAUCAAACCAUAUCUACACAGGAUGCAAAAUUAAUCUAUGCUAAAAUAUACUACUGCAAGAAUCCAAAUGUAAUUGUUCAAAAGUUGAAAAGAAAACUUGAACAAGCAUCUGAUGGUAACAGUAAUAAAAAUACAGAGCAUGUUGAUAAAAAACAAAGUACAUAA